AGAUUGGAUCUACUGGCAAGGAUCAACACCUACACCUAAUACUGGACCAUCAUUUGAUGUAACUUAUGGGACACAAGCUGGGCAUUAUCUGUAUAUUGGAUCCGAGGGAACAGCAUUCAGUAGAGCUCGAUUGAUAUCACCGCACAUCUCUAUUAAUAACCCUGAUGAGGUCCAUUGCUGGAGAUAUAACUAUCAUAUGUAUGGAGAUGAUGUCUAUGCUUUAGAACUAGGGGCCCUCUAUGGUAAUAACAGGUACGAAUUCCUCACAAAUCAUGUAUAUGAUCAAGGGAACAAAUGGCAUGAGGGCGCUGUUCAAAUCAGUCUACCAGAAUAUGAUCUCGUGUUUGAUGGAUUACUCGGCAGUGGUGUCCAAAGAGAUAUAGCGAUUGAUGAGAUAACAAUGACAAGAACAAGCUGUGAGGAUUGUGAUUUUGAGUCUGAUUUCUGUGGAUGGGUUAAUGCUGCUAACGGUAGAGAUCAACUUGACUGGCAAAGGCAAUCAGGAAGUACUACUACACCACAAACUGGUCCUCUGAAUGACCAUACAACACUCUCAGAUACAGGCUUCUAUAUCUACAUUGAUGGUAGUUUUCCCAGUCGGCAAGGAGACAUUGCUAAGAUCAGUUCAACUGUAUCCCUCGUUACCAGAACUCAUACCUGCUUCUCGUUUUGGUAUAUGAUGCAUGGUCAAGAUAUUGGUGAACUGAGACUGCUGAAAACUGAGGCUGGUUUAGAAGAGACGGUAUGGAGUCUCAAGGGAGAACAAAAUAAUGAUAAUACAGUCUGGAAGCAAGGCAAGAUACAAUACAGUGAUGCUCAAGAUAAAGUCAAGAUGGAGUUCUGGGGAAUCGUUGGAUCAAGUGAUUUGAGUGACAUUGCUCUGGAUGACAUCAAGCUCAUUCCUGGAGAGUGUGAUACUUAUCCUCCAGAAGCAGCUGUUGUACCAACUACAACGCCAGCACCUCCAACUACUCCACCACCAUCUGGGACGCAAAGCUGUGACUUUGAAAGCGAUUUCUGUGACUUUGUCCAGUCAACUGAUGAUGAUUUGGACUGGAGAAGAGAACAGGGCUCAACCUCAACAUCUGGCACAGGUCCAUCAUACGAUCACACAAGAGGAGAUGCUUUAGGAUCAUACAUAUACACUGAGGGUUUCUUCAUUAACAGGAGACAUCGCCUAGAGUCGCGCCUCUUCCCUAGUACCAUGAUAUCAUGCGUUACAUUUUGGUAUCACAUGUGGGGAUCCACCAUGGGUGACCUGAAUGUCUACGGCAAGGAAGGAACAGGUCUAGGCCAACCUUUGUGGACUAGAGAAGGAUCUUUGGGAGAUCAAUGGUUUGAAGCACAGGUCCAGUAUGCCCCCAAGGCCAACUACAGGAUCGUUUUUGAAGGACUAACUGGGUCAGGACAAGAGAGUGACAUGGCUCUGGAUGACAUUGAUAUACAACCUGGAUUCUGCCCAAUGAGUGAAACCUGCACGUUUGAAAACCCCGACAUUUGUACUUUUAAACAAGACUUGGAUGAUGAAUAUGAUUGGAAGUGGUUCAAUGGACCAACACCUACAUUGUACACAGGACCUUCUGUAGAUGUAACAUACGGAACUAGCUCUGGACACUAUGUAUAUGCCAGUGCCUAUGAGAGAUUAGAAGGAGAUCGAGCUAGACUACAGUCAAGAGAGAUCAUUCAUGAUGCCGAUCAGACAGAGUAUUGUGUGUCUUUCUAUUAUCAUAUGUUUGGGGCAGAAAUGGGAACACUCAACAUCCGUUUAAUCGAGGGCAACCAGGAAAUAAGCACUCCCUUGUGGACUCAGGGUACAGAAGACCUGAGUGAUCACUGGUACAUUGGAGAGGUCAGCCUGUCUAGUGCCCUCACUUUCAGAGUUGUCUUUGAAGCCAUUAGGGGUUCUGGAGACAUGAGUGAUAUAGCUAUUGAUGAUGUUACCAUUUCUAAUGAAGUCUGCCAUGGUCUAGGCAAGUAA